UGAUAUCGGUGGUGAUUUAUUCGAUUUCGAUCUGAAACCGUAAAUUUGAUAAGCUUCUUAUUUUUUGGGAUUAACAAGCAUGCAGGUUUAUUACUAUUGGUCGGCCUUAUAUCUGCUUUGGGUUGGCAGUGUGCACGGGGCCACCGACAUAGAUGAUCCUCUGGUGACGACUCUUUCGCCUGCCGAGGAAUACAAAAACAAUCCGUACUGUUUCCGGUUCACGUGGCUAGGUCCCAAGUACAACAAGGACAGUCCAUAUAAGAAUAUAACAUGCGAAAAUUUGCUGAAGAAAGCCAACGGUAUUCCGUGUUUUCAUCCGCUGGUAGUCACAAAUAAUAGCAAUGUGCCGGAUACGGAAUACAUGUGGAACGAGUAUAAGGACAAACCGUCGCAAAUUGCUUGUCGAUUAGUGCGUGGAGAGGUCUGUGCCCGGUUUACUUAUCGGUAUAACGGUGCAAUUGAGAACAUCACGUAUAUGUGCGCCAAAAUGAACGUGGACAACGAAUCAUCGACGACGUCCACCUGCUACACCGAGGAUCGUAGUGGCCGGGAGAUCGAGGUGUGCGUUUGCGAAUCGGGAGCCGGAAGGACACCCUGCAACCGGAGCAGUACGCUGCUGUUGGCCCAACUUGGGCAACCGAUGGUGCUGGCGGUCAUUGCCCUGGCACAGCUGCUUGUGCUGCGUGUCUGUUUGGUACGAUAGCACCGCUGACGAUAUGUAUAUUUGUAACUGGAAUAUCACUUCUUUUUGAGAAAGAGAAUAACUGACGAAAAUUAUUUAUUUAAUGUACUUAUCAAAAAAAUAUCAAAAAUAUAUCUCUUUACAGUUUUGGUGAAUUUA